GCAGUCGACUUAUAGCAAUAAUAGCAUCUGCCUGCCGUCCUUUCGUCGGCAUCAACGACUCAUUUGGUUUGGGCUACCAGUAGCUCAGCGCAUCAACAACCACUCCAGCGUUGGGGUCGUGCGAUCGCCGCCGCACUCCAAGCCUCCCCUCGCUUGCGCCCUUGUCCGACAUGCCGAGCGUCCAUAAUGUCGACUCUUAGGCUUGCAACAGCCUCCAAUGUACGCGCUUUCCAGAUCCUCACCGAAGCUCUUGAUGCAAGCGACGGAAAGUGGUCGCAAUGGAUUGAAAGCGAAACACUCGAUGAUGAGGUUGGAAGAUUCAGAGUUUGGGCUGGCAAUUUGGGAGCAUUGCAGAAAGGCCACAGCUCGCUCGACUACAGACUGCGCGGUUCUCCAGUCUUAUUCAGCAGCGCCCUCAGACUACUCAAUGAGCUUGAGCAAAACCUCAACGAAACAUAUGCUAUCGUGUCCGAGGCGCGCCUACCUUACGAACAGCAAACGCCAUCGGAGGAGGGGUCUGAUGACGACAGCGACCAUGGCUCCUCAAGUGAAGAGCAAGAAGACGAUUCCGACAGCGAUGAGCCCAGGAGCGAGCUGAAGAUGAGAUAUGAAGAGAUCGUUGAUAUCAUCGACAACCUUUACAAGCUCAGCGUCCGCAUCAGAACACCUACCGUACGCUCAAGAUCACUCAAAGCGUCUGCGUAUACGCCAACAGAUCCAGAAACCGGUGUAGAUAUCCUCGGUGUGUACGCUGAACUGGAUCGAAAGCAUGUUCGAGAGUUACUCUUGCAGUUACGGAAGACAUAUCCUACGCAGAAUGAAGAAGAUCAGCACUUCUUGACUGAGCGGUUGAGCUCCUCUAUCACAUUGCGCAGGCGGCAUUUCAAGUAUUGGAAGCGUCAUCGUGAUAAGUUGGGCGCCUCCGCAGAUACCGAAGACAUAGCAGCUGCUAGCAAACCUACAUUGAAUGAAGCGCCGACCCCGAUACGUCAUGACACUCUUGAAGCUCACCCACCAUUGCCAACGAUCAAUACCCCAAAACCGACACCGAGUCAAAAGACUGGGAAAACCUUGCUAUCUGGCACAGAGGCGACGCACCAUCACCAGUCUCUAGACGAUAUAGUGGACACCAAAUCCGUGACGAGCUACGCGGUCACCGUAAAGGACUUGGACGGAAAAGGUAUCGAUCUCCCACCCCCUCCAAAGGCUGCCACUUGCGACAAAGACUUUGAGUGCCCGUACUGUUGGAUCGUCUGCCCUGCACGAUACGGCAAAGGACGAGCUUGGAAGACACAUCUGCUACAAGACCUCCAGCCGUACAUAUGCACACACCGAGACUGCGAAAGUUCCGAACAGCUCUUCCGUAGUCGCCGGGAGUGGGCGGAACACGAAGCGACUCAUCGUAAACUAUGGCGUUGCCCCGAACACGUGAAUGCCUUGUACAAUACCCAAGCUGGUCUUGAGAAUCACCUUCGGCAGGAACAUAUUGGCAGCUUCCCCGACGAUCAGAUAGCUAUCAUGGCCAAGAUUGGAGAGACAAUCGCUGUGGACUCGCGGGAUAAGUGCCCGAUAUGCUUCGCGCCCACGGCUACUGAAGGCUUGGGCGAUUUGCAGAGCCACAUUGCCAAUCAUUUGGAGCGCCUUGCUACUUUCGCUCUUCCUCAUGGGAGGGAAGACGACGAAGAUGGCGCAAGUAGCGUUGCAAGCCGUGGAAGCUCUAACUCUCAAUCCUUACCCGAGUCGAUAAGUACCGGUUCAAGAAAUGAGGUGGUCGCUCUUAACAGAGACCUGGAGGCUGAGCAGUCUGUUGAGGCAGAGCUCAAUGAGGAAGACCGCCUACUACUACAGCUCAGGGACGAAGAGCACUUGUCAUGGGAGGAUAUCGCAGCGCGCUUCCGGAAAGCCUUUGGCAAGGACUAUCAAAUUUCUCCACUCCAGAUGCGUAUCAAGCGGCUGAAAGAAAACCCGCAAAUGCAGUCACUCCAGGUAGCCGAUUCCAGCCGAAGCCUGUUGUCAGCAGAGACACUGCAGCAACUUCCCGACGAGAGCAACAACCGGGUGGCGAGGAUCUCAAAUCAAGUGGACGAUAUUGAGGAUUCGGAAGAUGAGCAACCCGUCAAUGAACAGUUUGACGAGAACAUAUUGCCUGAGCACCAGAAACAUCUAGAAGAGCGGGAGGCUUUCAGACAACACGUCUCAUCGUUACCAGGAGUUCUAUCAGUUCGAUUUUAUCGAGGCUACGGCUCAUGGACUGGCCUGAUCACGUUUGCGAAUGAUCUGCUUGGUGAAGAAGCAACAGCGCUCUUUGAUACUGAGCGCUUCCCCAAUGUCGAAUUCCAGAGUAAAAAGAACAAGAGCAAGUGGAACUUUACCAGAUUCACUGGUACGGACAAAAAGAACGCGUUCAGCCGCCAGCCUACUGCGGAUACGCAGACCACUGAAGAAGCUGAUAUCCUUACAACCGGAUCUGAAACGUAUGACGAAGAGGACGAAGGAUCCAGCAAACCAGCAAUCAUCACGACUGCCGAGAUCCCGACGUUACGCUCGCUUUACCAGUCCCGGCGGCUGUUACAGCGCGAUCAGAGCUUUGCGCCAAACGAUGCUUACAAUCAAAUGAUCUCGUUCUGCCAUUACGACCUAACGAGAUUAAGAGUGGAUGCUAUAGUCAACAAUGCUUCAGCUAACUUCCAAGCCAACCCCGAUCCAGAUUCCCUGCACCACGCUAUCUAUAAAGCCGGUGGCUCAGCUCUCAGGGAAGAGGCGAAAUCAAAACCCAAGGUCAAGGUCGGCCAAGUCGAACUCACACACGGACAUAAUCUUCCGAGCUCGUGGGUAAUUCAUGCAGCUGCACCAGGAUAUACAGGCCGCAAAGGUGUUGGCCAGUUCAACGUUCUUUCCGAGUGCUAUCGAAGUGCCAUGAGGUUGGCGGCUAACUACGAUUUCAAAACAAUCGCCUUUCCUUGCCUGGGUACUGGAGGUUGCAUGUUCCCUGCACGUGUCGCUGCACGUAUAGCGCUGCAAGAGAUAAGGGAAUACUUGGAUUCACAUCCUAGACAUCGACCUGAACGGAUCAUCUUCUGUGUGCGAGCAGCAAUCGAUGAGAAGGCGUAUACCGACUUCUUGCCUGUGUUCUUCCCACCUACGCAUGGAGACCUGGACAGAGCCAGAACUUCAGACUGGUCCGCGAAUCGUGCUGCGCUGGCAGCUCAGGUACUAGAGGCACGUACAAAACUUCAAAAUGCAUUGACUGCAGUCACCGUUACCUACGACUUUGGCACGCAAAGUACAGUGUGUGCUCAUGACAUGCGUAGAAUUGACUCUACGCUGAGUUCGAUCCGCAAAUACCUCUUAGGAUCAAAAGAGCUCAAGCGGAGUCUGGGCGACCUCAACUUACUGUGCUCUGUCAUUCUGACGGCAUGUGCUGACAUUAUGGAUAUGGCCGAGCGAGCACGGAAACAGGGGCCUACUGGACAUACGCAGUCUAUCUGGACUGAAGCCAACACCGAUAUACGAGCCAAGCAUGGAUUCGAGCUUACGAGUGUCUUUGACUACAGCUGGAUAUUCGCCAACAGCUUGGAAGAAGUCCUGAUACUUGGCAAAGUAGAAACAGAUGCGAUGGGAAGAGCGCGUCAGAUUCUAGAGACCUAUGGUGUCAAGCAGAAGGGCCAAGAUUCCGAAGGUAUCCGCGAUCAUCUGGAUGAGGUGCUGUACGUGCGUGAGGCUGAACGUCCUACUCCCAAAAUUCGCGGACUUGUCCAAAUUCACCAAAUACCCCCCGUGGCGAGGCUCUACAUACUGGGCCAACUGGAGCCGAAGCCCACUAUGGCAAAACCAUCCACGCUGUUCAACCACACUGUUUGCCUACUGAGAGAGGAUAUCACAAGACUGGAAGUCGACAUAGUGGUGAAUUCGACUGACCCAAGCUUCUCCGGCAUGGGUACUCUAGAUCGCAGCAUCUUCAAGAAAGGAGGGGAUCAACUGCGCUCAGAAGUUAUGUCUUUCGGGAAAUGCGAAGAGGGCGACGUCAAAGCAACUGCUGGAUACCUUCUCCCAGCCAAACACAUCCUACAUGUCGUUCCCCCUGGAGUAUUCAGGAGCGAUACCAAGAACAUAUUGAGGAACAUCUACCGGGCAAUUCUGCAUGAUGCCGUACUCAUGAGGGCGACUUCCAUUGCCAUACCGAGUCUGGGAACUGGCAUGCGGAACUACCCGCGGCGCGACUGCGCGUCUUUGGCGAUGGAGGAAGUGAAACGCUUUCUGGAAUCUGCUGAGCCGGGUAAUGGGCUUGAUAAGAUCAUAUUCGUUGUCUUCUCUUCAAAUGACGAGUUCAUCUACAAGAGCCUUUUGCCGGUCUACUUCCCGUCAACAAAGCGCAAUACUUCACCUCUUAACAUGUCGAGACACCUUACUGAGGCUAGAGAAAUCUCUUCGUCAUUACCGGCCACUAUGGAUCAGCCGUCCCCAUCUAUCUCUGGAGAAGAGACCUCUCGUAGUGUCCGGUUUGGCAAGCAACCAGUAAAGUCGCGGGCCUGGAACGAUGACGAAGCCAAGACUUUGAUGGACUUCGAACUACAUGUCGGAACUUGCAAGGUGUGCGAAGACGGCCUUUAUGAGAGAACCCACAAACUCUGUGAGCCCGGCUGGCAUUUCGCCGACGCAGUCUGGCAGCGAACGGAGAUGUCUGAAGAUGCACUCGUGUACAGUAAUGGUGAACAGCUGGAGAUACCAGUGGAGCAAUUGCCUAGCUCCAUGCUGUUACUCUCCACCAUUGCGAAAGGCGGAAGCUAUGUGUUUGAGAAUACAUCUGCUCAAGUCGAAAAGCCUGACACGGCGGACCCUGAUAUGCCUGUCUCGGAGCACCCUUCAGUACCAAACGACCCGGAAAAUAUUGCACAGGCUACAGAGCAACCCGCGGUAGUCCGAGUGGAAGUCUUGUCCCCACACACCGAUACUGGAGAUUGGUUCUACUCAUGGGUUCGAGUCUUCAGGAGUAAGAUCGAGAUGUACGCUGGGGAUUAUGAUCCUGAUCCAUAUGAAGAAUCUGCUGGACAUACGCCGUAUGCCUCAAUCGAUCUCACGGAUACUAGCGCAGAACUGACCCGCAACGAUGCCACGGCAGUAUCUUUAUGGACAGCAGAGCGAAGAUCAGAACUGCAAGCAAGAUGGCAGUUUCGUAGUAACGACGCCGCUGAUUCAAUCGCGCUUUUUGAACUUUUCAAGCGAGCCCUCAAUCGUAGUCGCCAGGAGCGGGAGAAGAAUGUGUCAGCUGAGAUUGGAAGGGCAAGGAUCGUGGAGUCAACAAUUGCCGCGGAAAGUGGACAGGAGGUCCUUGAAGAUCCAGUUGCUCAUGUCAACAAGCCCAAUGCCGGAGAGCUCGACAAUCAAGUUCAGACGGAUGACAAGGCGACACACUACUCGGAGGCCGAAGAUACGAAUGUCGUCGCACCAGAUGCGGGGCCACGUGCUGUGAUCCUUGUCAAGGUUGUCGAUUCACCCACUCCCGAAGCCUGGUUGAAUUCUACUAUAUAUGUCUACAAGAGCAACAUCAUCGUGGAAUUUGGAAAAGAGCAGCGUCCAGAGAAGCCAUUUGAGAAAAUAGACCUUACAGAUGCUACCCUGACAUUAGUCCGCGGCAGUAACGGAAUGGGCUUGAACUUUCCAAACAUGGUAUCCUUACAUGUGAGUAGAGAGGGCAAAGACUUUGAGUCGAGGGAAACAUGGUCCUUUUGUGGUGAUGGGGACUCUGAUUCAGACGCAUUGUUCGAUGUCCUUCAUCAAGCCGUCAAGCGCAAUAGCCAAGAGCAGAAGAAAGCAACACUGAACGAGGUCGAAGAAGUCGAGAAGUCCGAUCCCGCGAAACUCGAUGAUUAUACUUUGGAGAACGACGACGUGGCAUAUCUUUCGGAAGCUGAAGAUGCGCAUGGUACCGCAUCAGCUACAGAGUCACCUACUGUCAUACAAGCUGGGAUUUCCAUCCCGCACACAUCCCAGCGCUGGACGAACUCAACUCUGUACGUCUACAAGAGCAGUAUAGACGUAUACGUAGACGGGAGCAGAUAUGAGAUGAUAGAUCUCUUAGACGCAUCUAUCUUGAAGCUGCAACGCGGUCACACAGAAGACGUGGAUUACGCAAACCUUGCGAUGUUAUAUGUGGAAGCAAGUGAAGAGCGGAAAAGAAAAGGAACUGCGUCGAAGUCAAAUAUGUGGCUGAUUCACAGCGAUAGUGAGUCUGACGCAAAUGCAGUAUACAGUGUCAUUCAAUGGGCUGUCAGCCGUAACAGCCGGGCGCAAGAGGAUCCAGAACCAACUGAGAGCGAAGAAGCAGACACUCCGGUACCGACAACUCCGUCCAUUACACGAUCCGAAGAUUUCAAGAAAACUGCCAAUGCAGAGUCUUCUUUUGAAGCGAACCAAAGAUUGGGCGACAUUGGAUAUCGAAUCGAUGACGAAAGUCGUAUUGGAGAAGAAACCGUUCCACCAUUUCACUCGCCAGCAGAAACCACAUCCGACCCGGAUGGCGCAUCAGCGGAGAUGUAUCCAGAGUCAGCGAAGUCUGAUCUAGACGCACGUGUCCUUGCUUACCUCAACGAUGAUUUCAAGACACGACCUGGCUCGUACUUAGGUCAAAAGUUCAAGGAGAUCACUGCUGCCUUCGAGAUCUACCAUCCUAGGAUCAUCGCUCAUACGUUGCAAAGGCUCGCCGCAGAAGGAAAGGUUCACAACACUGUGGAUGGCGAGACAUGGGUAAUUUCAGAGCCGACAUCUUGGAAUUCUGAACUCAGUCAAGGGGAACGACCAGAAAAGCCGAAAGGUGAUCUAGCUGAUCGAAUCUUGCUCUGCAUCGAUCGUGUAGGCGGCUGGCGAUCAUUCAGUACCAUAAUCGGUGGGCUUCAGACUACCACUGAUGAACUAUGGCCUGCGCUCAAGGGUCUAGCAGCCGUUGGGCUCAUCUCUAGUCAGGCUGGCGGAAUGAUGUGGGGUUUGACCGACUUGGGCAGAACAAGAGUACUCGAUUUACAGGCGGAAUCAACAGAAGCAGGACAAGAGGUUGCUCAAGAUCCAGGAUCAUUACCUCAUGUUGGUACCUCUACCAUCUCUCAACAACUCGUUAUAGACUCCCUCAAGCCCAAAAAGCAGCCUCCGUUGGAGGAGAGCAACACCAUCGCUGAAGAACGCGGCUAUCCUGGUUCUCAGCCAGAGAAAGAUUCCAGCCAGGAUGAGGAUGUAUCGAACAAUCUAGCUGAUCGUGCUUUGUCGUACUUGAGAAGUUUGCCUGGAUUGAGCGAGAACAUCUUGGAUCUCGCGACUACGUUCGAUACUCCGGUUACUGAGCUUCAACCGGUACUUGAGCAAUUGGGAUCUGAUGGGUUGGUGGAGAAUACUGAGAAUGAGUCUACCUGGACCGCGAUUUCACCGGAGCUUGUCCGCGUCAGCCCGCGGUCACCUCGCACUGAUCUCACGCCCCAUUCUACCGUCGCAGAUUCAAAUAUCUUCACGCAUCCUAAUCGUGGCUACAACAGAUAUCCAUGCCCGAAUUGGCAAAAGGAAAGUCAUCCUUCAGACUACAGCUUUGUCGAUAAAAAGGAUGAGCUGUGCGCUCAUUGCAAUGAUUGCAUGGACAGUCCAUCUUCAUCCGAAAGUGAACUUCAAGCUCCGAAACGGGAAGAUGCAAGCGUGGAGAGCGCUGUACAUGAUGAUGACACUCCGACGACCCAUAUUCAGUCAACUGGUUCAGGGUCUUCAAUCAUGGACGCUGCAAUUGCUAGCGGACAGAUCUAUUUCUCUGAGUUCUUCAGCUAUGACAACCGACCCUGGAAUCACACACCUCUACCUCGGACACAGAUCGAUACGAGCCUUGUUGACGAGCGCAUCCUUAUCGAAGCAGCAUUUAGACCCGAAAAGGAACCUGGCGUCUAUUAUAUAGAACGCAAGGUCGGACCCGAGGAAGUUGAAGAAUGGGUCAGGCGGACGAAAGAGCUUCAAGAGAAGGACUCCCAGGUUCCUAAACUAACUUUGACGAAAUUUGAAGAUCUGGUCGUCCAUGAUACCUCACCGCAAAGUCCCCCCUUGCCAGGAUCAGCACAUGUGUUGGCCGAUGACUUUCUAGCAAGUCCAAGCCAACGAGAUGCUUCUGAAUCCGCAGUAACGGACGCUGAGAUCCAAAGCAAUGCGUCAAUAGAGAGAACUCCGCACGAAACCCCCGAAAAGCCCGGCGCGUACUGGACACGCAUACAUCAGCGUCUCGUAGAUGCACGAGUUCUAGAGGAAGAAGGCGAAGCUUUUGAUAUCAGAGGGGAUAGUAUCUUCCUACCCCGUGUCCUUAAACGCCGUGAGAUCAGAGCAUGGGCGGAGAAAACAAGGGGACUCAGGAAGAAGCAGGGUGGAAGUGAACUGCGACCUGAGGAGGGAGGUAUACAGUGCUACCAACCAAAAGCCACAUCUUCUGAGGUUCAUAAAGCGGAUAUGACAUCCUUGCCUUCGGGAGUGGGGCCUGCACUACAUCCUACAGCAAGAUCUCCUAACACGAGCCAAGCUGGCAGCUGGAGAGACGGGAGGGGCACAAAAGAGAGGGAACAAACAAAGUCCGGCAGAGCACUGACAGCUGACAUCGAAGAGGACAUGGAGUCAGGCACAGCGAGUAGCUUGAGACGAGCGAAGAUUGUGAGGGAAAGGAAACACAACAAAUCAAGUAAGGCAAAGAAGGACGACAUUGAUGACGAACUGGAGGACUAUGAUGGACAAGAGGAAGACUUUGUGGACGAUCAGUUCGCGCAUUAGAUGAUGAAGCGAUAAGCCCGUUACUGUUUAGACUGAGGCAUUUCAGGAAGACGCGAUCAGACUACUUUGGAUAACGACAGCAUUCUAUUCCACAUCGAUGGGCGGUAGAACGGAAGCCUUGCAAUGUAGUACUGAUAUGACAACUCCCUCGACCAAUGCAAUAUAUCCACCAACCAUGCCCGUCAACCCGCAGCAUCAAACCUCGCAAACAGCAACACCCGCCUCCCCCUCCGCAAUAGCCCCC